AUGUUUUGUAUCCAAGCUGUCCAGCCAAUAGGCAGUAUCACCUCCUUUUUUCAGCCUAUAAAUAACGGUAGACUCUACCUCCUUAUGGACAAACACUGCAAUGCUAAUGACUGCAACAGCCAGCAAAAGUGCGAUAAUAAAGCCUGUGACUGCCGCUGCGCCCAAAAUCAAUGUGCGAACACUAACUGCAACCCUAAAUCCAACACCACCAACAACUGCAAUACUAACAACAAUUGCAACACCAACUGCAACACUAAUACUAGCUGCAGCACUAAAUCCUCAACCGACUGCUCUACUCAGCCUUGCUGCCCCUGUGACAUUCUAGCUGAGUGCACGGGCAUCAAGAAAUGCGAAACCUCAACCUUCAAUGGGUACUGCGUAGCCCUGCCACACGGCUUAGAUAAAAGCGACAUUAAAAUCACCGCCAGUGACAAUCUUAUCAAAAUCAACUACGAAAAAGAGAUCAAAAAUGACAAUUCCUACUCCUCACGUACUGGCAGCUACUCCUUCACCAUCCCCGCCGGCCAAGGCUUCCAAUCAGCUCAUGUUGAAGGGGACAAACUCCUUAUUCGUCUGGAGAAAGGCGCCAAGACAAACAAUGGACCUCUCCCCUUGAUAUAA